UCAGAACAGAACAUUCUAUUAUACAUGUUUCUGAAGGUAUUCUCUAUAUUGACCUUUGCGUCACUAGUGGAACUGAAAGUUAUUCCCGAUGUAGAGGAUUCGGUAAUUUGUCCCGGUUACAAGUUUUUCGACAUGGAUUUGUCAAAUGUGGAGUUCGAUUACGACGACGAUGGAUAUAUAACUGUCAACGGGAAUUUCACUUACCUCAAGGACAUUAUCGCCCCGUACCCGCUGUAUGUACGCUCGGAGCACAUGGAACGCGGCGAAUGGAGAACGGGGAUUGUGAACCGAAACAUACCGGACUUUUGCGCAGUCAUACAGAAACCGACGGAAGUCUGGUACCCGAUUACGAAGCAGUUAAGCCAGAAAUACUGCCCGUACAAGGCGGGGUAUGUGGCACGAAUCGACAAUGUUCGUUACAAAUUUCCUGUGAUCAUACCGCGUCACUUUCUUGGAGAAUGGAAAAUGUACAUAGAGCAGCGUGAUGCCACUAGGAACACAAAUACUUCUUCUUGUGUGAUGCAGCACGUCAGUGUUAUUGAUAUAUAA